UGCUAAACCUGGAGAAAAUCCUUUGAGUUGCUCUCAAACCAAACAGAAAGAAUUCAGUAAGAGUAGAGUCAAGAAAUCUUUCACCUGCUCUCAGUGUGGAAAGAGUUUCUCAAGGAAAUCUAAAUGUGAUCUUCAUAUGAGUGUUCACACUGGAGAGAAACCAUACACAUGUGAUCUGUGUGGAAAGAGCUUCACACAAUCAUCAAGCCUUAAGUUACACAUGUACAUCCACACUGGAGAGAAGCCAUACAAGUGUUCACACUGUGACAAGAGAUUCAGUCAGUCAGGAUACCUGAAUAUACACAAGAGGAUCCACACUGGAGAGAAACCGUACACAUGUGGUCAGUGCGGGAAGAGUUUCACAAUAAAAGCACAUCUUACAGAGCACAUGAGAGUUCAUACCGGAGAAAAGCCAUUCACUUGUGACCAGUGUGGGAAGAGCUUCACAAUAAAAGCACAUCUUACAGGGCAUAAACGAGUUCAUACUGGAGAUAAACCGUACCCAUGUGAUCAAUGUGGGAAGGGUUUCACACAAUCAGCAAACCUUAAGAGACACAUGAACAUCCACACUAGAGAGAAACUGUACACAUGUGAUCAAUGCAGAAAAACAUUUUUUGUGGCUUGGUACCUGAAGAAACACAUGAGAGUUCAUACACAGGAGAAGCCAUAUUCAUGUGAUUUGUGUGGAAAGAGUUUUUCAUGUUUAAAAAAUUCACAAAAUCAUCAGAAAAUUCACUCUGGUGUGAGAGACCAUGUGUGCUAUGGGUGUGAAAAGACUUUUAUUUCAGCGGACCGUUUAAAACUGCACCAAAGGAUUCACACUGGAGAAAAACCUUACAAGUGUUCACACUGUGACAAGAGAUUCAGUCGGUCAGCAAACCUGAAAACACAUGAGAGGAUCCACACUGGAGAGAAACCUUACAAGUGUUCACACUGUGACAAGAGAUUCAGUGUGCCAGGAGCCCUGAAAAGACAUGAAAGGAUCCACACUGGAGAGAAACCGUAUCACUGCACUGCAUGCGGGAAGCGUUUCAGUCGUUCAUUUUCUCUACACAGUCAUACAAAACACUGUCACAGAUCAUCUUCAGAUCCAGCACUUUCAGAUCGGAUGCAGCAUCCUCAGCAAAUGAGACACAAUAAUGAAUCAAGCAUUAACAUAUCGUCUUGAUAAAUCUGUCCUAACCAGACAUUACAAGUGACAUGAUGAAGAAACAUUAUCUAGUUUUCACAGUGAAUAAAGCUCAUCUUCAAAACCAACAGAUUCAACUGUGAGAUUUAGAUUAACUCAAAGAUUCAGUU